GUAAGAACUGAGGAGAAGUCUACUCUUGCAUUAACAAAGACAGCGACACCCAAAAUCACAACAAAAUUUUGUGAUAAAAUCUCAGAAACACCACCACCAUGUUUGUCAUUCAGAGGAUGGCGACCACCACACCCAUUACUUUCUCCCUCCUCUCAAAUUCCCUUCGAUUUCUCACUAAACCCUCUUCUCCUUUCACUUCUUCCCUCAAAAAUGGCUUCUCAAUUUCCCCCAAAUUCUCUGCCAAAAAGCUUGCAUCUUUCUCGUUAUACACUCCUAGAAAUGGGUUUUGUAUUUCUUCUGCUGUUGCUUCCCCUGAUUCAAUGGAGACUGUAAUUAAUGGAGAUGAGAAGAAAUUGGAGGAGGGAAGUUUUUCUGAGGUUAGAAUUAAACUUCCCACUAAUGAAUCGUCUGAGAAGCUCUUGAGGGUUCGUCAUACGUGUGCACAUGUGAUGGCCAUGGCUGUUCAGAAGCUGUACCCAAAUGCCAAAGUGACCAUUGGACCGUGGAUAGAUAAUGGAUUUUAUUAUGAUUUCGAUAUGGACCCUAUUACUGAUAAAGACCUGAAGAGAAUCAAGAAAGAGAUGGACCGCAUUAUUAGUCGAAACUUACCACUAGUCAGAGAAGAGGUUUCCCGAGAUGAAGCCCAGAGGAGAAUAAUGGCUCAAAAUGAACCUUACAAAUUGGAGAUUUUGGACAGCAUAAAAGAAGAACCCAUAACAAUUUAUCACAUAGGGGAUGAAUGGUGGGAUCUUUGUGCUGGGCCCCAUGUUGAUACUACUGGAACUAUUAAUAGGAGAGCCAUUGAACUUGAAUCUGUUGCUGGUGCUUACUGGAGAGGAGAUGUAAACAGGCCAAUGCUACAAAGGAUUUAUGGCACAGCAUGGGAAAAUGAAGAACAGCUGAAAGCUUACCUUCAUUUCAAAGCAGAAGCUCUACGGCGGGAUCACAGACGUCUUGGCCAAGAACUUGACCUGUUUUCCAUAGAGGAAGAUGCUGGAGGAGGCUUGGUUUUUUGGCAUCCAAAAGGGGCCAUCGUGAGGCACAUUAUUGAAGAUACAUGGAAAAAAUUGCACAUUGAACGUGGAUACAGUCUGCUUUACACUCCUCAUGUUGCAAAGGCAGAUCUAUGGAAGAUAAGUGGUCACCUCGAUUUCUACAAGGAGAAUAUGUUUGAACAAAUGAAUAUUGAGGAUGAGCUUUAUCAACUACGACCAAUGAAUUGCCCUUACCAUAUUUUGGUGUACAAAAGAAAGAUGCACUCUUAUCGAGAUUUUCCAAUUAGGGUUGCAGAGCUGGGAACAGUAUACAGAUAUGAGUUAUCUGGGAGCUUGCAUGGCCUCUUCCGUGUUAGAGGUUUCACUCAGGAUGAUGCACAUAUAUUUUGUUUAGAGGACCAAAUUAAAGACGAAAUACGGGGGGUUCUCGAUCUUACAGAGCAAAUACUGCUUCAAUUUGGCUUUCACCAAUAUGAGGUGAAUCUAUCUACGAGGCCAGAAAAAGCUGUGGGAAGUGAUGAUAUAUGGGAAAAGGCCACAUUGGCUCUAAAAGAAGCUUUAGAUGAUAAAGGUUGGGGCUAUGAAAUUGAUGAAGGUGGGGGUGCCUUUUACGGCCCAAAGAUUGAUCUCAAAAUUGAAGAUGCACUUGGUAGAAAAUGGCAGUGCUCGACAAUUCAGGUUGAUUUUAAUUUGCCGGAGAGAUUUGAUAUAAUAUAUGUGGACUCCAAUUCUGAGAAAAAAAGACCCAUCAUGAUUCACAGAGCUGUGCUUGGAUCCUUGGAGAGAUUCUUUGGAGUUCUUAUUGAGCAUUAUGCUGGGGAUUUCCCAUUAUGGCUCUCUCCUAUACAAGCUCGGGUCCUGCCUGUGACUGACACUCAGCUUGAAUAUUCUCAUGAGGUUGUCAACAAACUCAAGGCAAAUGGCAUACGCGCUGAAGUUUGCCAUGGUGAGCGCCUGCCUAAGCUCAUCAGAACUUCAGAGAAGCAGAGAAUCCCAUUAAUGGCUGUUGUAGGCCCCAGAGAGCUGGAGACCCAGUCAGUUACUGUCAGAUCCAGAUUUGGCGGGGAAUUGGGCACCAUGCCAGUUGACGACUUCACCUGCAGAAUUAAGAAAGCUGUUGAGAACAGAGGCUCAUUCUGACAUCCUUUGUUCAAGCUUUCAGAAGAUCAAUUAAAACUGAAAUCUUUUUAUGCACUAGAAUCACAACACUGAUACGGAGUAAUACACGCAGACUUUAGAUUACUGAAGAUUUAUCUGCUGAAAUUAUGCAUGCAGAACGAAAUUCUCUUCUGAUAAUCAUAUUUUUUUGUUAGUAGCUAGUUUGUAUUGUAUUACGGAGUAUUUAUUUAAUUUGAUUAUGGUAUAGUAAAAAGGUUUUUCAAAA